ACUACUUCAUGAUUAGAAAAUAACACCUUGUGAGAAAAGCAAGUUAUACACACUUGACAUUGUGGUGUAAUAAACAAACAAAAUGUCAUUUUUAAGAAAUAUUUCACCUGCCGUUCUUGAUACAACAGUAUUUUCUUGCAAAAUUCUCAAUGUACCAGGGCUACGAAGCAUCCAUACUGCCUGUAGAUGUGAAAGUAUACCGAAUAGAGACAUCAAGAUUAAUCCACUGUUCCUGAACAGAAAUCCACGCGCAUUGGAACACAAGGGGAUAGCACCAAAGAUUAAAGGCUGGAAAUUCCAGUCCCCAAGAAAGGAUUUUUAUCAUAAGUUGGUAUAUGACAAGAGUCGUAUGUAUGCAUGUGUGGUACACGGGUCUGGUAAGCUGGUGUUGGAGGCCUCCAGCACUGAACCUGCCCUCCUCAGAUACCUCUACAGUACAAAGGAUGUAAGUGCCUCGUACAAUCUUGGCAUCCUGCUGGCCCGUCGGAUGUUGGAGGCUGGUAUUACCGAUGUCUUCUAUGACCAUGACUUAGACACUGACCUUAAUUCAGAGAAGAAAUCUGCCUUUUUCAAAGCGCUAGAGGAGAAUGCUAUCAAGUUGAGUGAGCCUGAUGUUGUUAAGUUUGAGAGCGAACCGGGGAUCGAUUACGAGGGCUACAGCAGGUUGGGUGAAAAACCAGUGUACAGACAUGACUACCAGAAACUCACAAGGGAUGAAUGAGUAGCAGUGUCAAAGUGUUUAUGAAGAUCGGAAACUAGAAAAGACAUUGGCUGAAAAUAAAGACUAGUCCAUAUAAUGCUUGUUCCUAAUAAAGUGUUGUCUGAUAUAAUCUAUAUGAACAAAAUUCAUAAUGAUAUUGAACUUUAUUCUGUGAAUAUGUCAAUAAACAAGCUAAUGGGUCUUCUUUUGUUAGCAGUAAGCAAUGUAUAUUUUUGACAUGAGCAGUUCAAAUAUAAUCUCUUGCAACCUUGGAUACAAAGUUUAUCGUCAUGAUAUCACAGAAGAGUUUAAUAACAGCCCAAAUGCUUCACAUCAUGUACCGGUAACUAGAGUUUGGCCCUGUAAUUGUCAACACUUUUCCAAAUUAACCUGGUCUGCUUUCAGCCAAACUUUGUUACAAACUUAUGGCCAUUUUGUCUCUGAAAGUUUCACUUAACAGCCAGUGUCAUUUUGUUACUCCCCAAUAAGGGCCAUUUAUUAAUAAUAAAAAAUGAUGAAAUUUA